CUGGAUUCUCCUACAUGAAUUACCUGCUCAGUUGAUAGUGGACUGCUCUAAUAUGGUUUGGAAAGAAAAAGGUUUUGCUUUAUUUCACUCUUUCCUCUCCAUUGCUGUAGGUUACAAAGCAAAUGCAAGAACAGGAGCCUAGAGAACAAAUGUUUUGUUACAUCGAAAUGAGGCGGCAACAUCGAAAAAAGCUGGUGACUCUGGAAAAUAAGCUAAAGGCUGAGAUGGACGAGCAUCGUUUCAGAUUAGAAAAAGAUUUUGAAACUCAGUGUAACAACUUUGCGGCAGAAAUGGAGAAACUUACCAAGAAACAUCAGGUUGCUCUGGAAAAAGAGGCUAAAGCGAUGUCCAAGGAGGAGGAAAAAUUUAAGCAACAUCUUCAGGCCCAGCAGAAGAAAGAACUGAACAGCUUUCUGAAGUCCCAGAAGAGAGAAUAUAAACUUCAAAAGGAACAGCUUAAGAAGGCGCUGAAUGAAAGCCAGAGCACCCCAAGGAAAGAAAAACAGGAGUGGCUGUCAAAGCAGAUAGAGAACAUCCAGCAUCUCCAAGCAGCGGAAAAGACUGAUCUUCUUCAACAUCAGAGACAGUGCCUAGGGCUGCAAUGCCGUCUCUUCCAAAGAAAGAUAUUACUUGGGCGCUGUAACUUGGAGCAGGACCUUGUCAUGGAGGAGUUAAAUAAGAGGCAGACUCAAAUGGACUUGGAGCAUGCAACGCUACUGCGACAUCACGAAUCCAUGCAAGAACUGGAGUUCCGCCAGCUCAACACGAUGCAGAAGAUGCGCUCUGAGCUGAUCAGACUGCAGCAUCAAGCCGAGCUCACUAACCAGCUGGAGCAUAAUAAACGGAGAGAACAAGGACUAAGGCGAAAGCAUGCCAUGGAGGUUCGACAACAGUCUAAGAGUCUGAAGUCUAAAAAACUCCAAAUCAAAAAGCAGUUCCAGGACACCUGCAAAAUCCAAACCAGACAAUACAAAGCUUUAAGAAAACACUUACGGGAAUCUACACCAAAGAGUGAGCGCAAAGCUCUUCUGAAACUGCUUGAGAAGGAGCAUACCCGGAAGGUAGCCAUCUUAGCUGAGCAGUGUGACCACAGCAUUCGUGAAAUGCUCUCCACUCAAGCCCUGCAUUUGGAUGAAGCACAGGAGGCAGAGUGCCAGGUUUUGACAAUGCAGCUGCAGCACGAACUGGAGCUGCUGAAUGCAUAUCACAGCAAAAUAAAAAUGCAGGCUGAGGCACAAGAUGAUCGAGAGCUUCGGGAGCUUGAACAGAGGGUCUCCUACCGCAGGGCACUCAUACAAAAACAGAUAGAAGAAGAGGUACUGACAUUUCAGAAUGAAUCUACGGAACGAAUACAAAGCCUGCUGGAGCGUCGAGCAACACAAAUGAAAGCUUUCAAGUCUGAAAGCGAGAGACUAGGUUUUAGUGACCUUGCCCCUGACGCAUUCAGCCACAGCUCCUCCAGAGCUUCUGAUUGGCCUCACAGUCCAACUGGGGGUCCAGGACCUCACUCGGGGCAUCCCAUAGGUGGCCCACCACAAGCCUGCGGCCAUCCAAUGCAAGGUGGGCCUAGUCAUGGAGGUCACCAUUCCACGCCAAUGCAUUGGGUACCCCGAGGUAGCAGUAUGGGAGUUGGCAAUGGCCCUCAGGCUCUGAGGCGGACAGCUGCCCGGCUAAGGACCGAACAGGGCAUGAGCAGAAGCACGAGCGUCACUUCACAAACAUCCAGUGGGUCACACAUGUCUUACACGUAACUUAAUAACUGAGAAUGGCAAUUCCGCUGAGCUGGCCGCCACUACAGACAUCACCCCAGCAGCCUCCUCACUUGGCUACUACCGUGUGGAAGCUGAGUGCAUGUGGUAUAUUUUAUUCAUUUUUGUAAAGCGUUUUGUUUUGUGUUUACUAACUGGGAUGUCAUAGUAUUUAGCUGUUGGGUUUUGUGUUUUUUGUUUUUAACUUUUGGGGAAAUUUUAUGAAAAGGGGAAUUGGUGUGUAUGUGUAUUUAUCAAAUACACACACACACACACGCGCACACACACAUACACACACAUAAUGCACGUAGGAAAAAAAAACUGGUUAGAUAGGGUAUUUUCUGAAAACUGCAAAAACAGAAUUCAGCAGUGGCUUGAGUCAUCAUCACCUUUGGGCAACUCUAUCCUAAGAAAUUUGUGAAAAGAUCUAAAGCCUUUCUCCGUAUACCCCACCCAGGUUCUUAUGAGCCACUCACAGCAGGCAGCAUAUGCCAAAACAAGUUAUUAUGGAAACACACCUGUAUCCCCUCACCAAUGUAUUUUGUUUAUUAAACAAAUGUAUUUUGUCUGACUUUUGUUUAUUAAAUUGGCCUCGUUUGAAGUAGGAAAAAAAGUGGAAAUCCAUGAACACUGAAGGGUUGCAUUGACUUUUUCAGAGAGUGGAAGAAAACCUAAUUCUUUUUCUCAAUGCUGCAAGUUUGUCAGGGAUUUUUUUUUUUUUUUUUUGGUCCAUUCAA